CCUCUCUCUCUAGCCUUGGCCACGAGGUGCUCUCGGGGGCCAGAUGGAGCCUGGCUGGAGCGGGGUUUACAGACGCAAGGGGGAUUCAGUCUGGCUAUUACCGGAGCUCGACUAGGGCACUGCGCUUAUUUCAGCUGGGUUACGGAGAACCGGCCCCCACGGUUCUGCGGCGCAGACCUCAGCUGCUCCCCAGCACCGGGGGGCUGCCGUGUGGUGGGCGGCUGGGAGCCAGGGAAGCCCCAGGAACACCACGGUCUGUCUGUCCGGCAGCCUCGACAAUGUCUGUGGCACCUAAGUCCUGCCCCCUUUUCUCCCACAAGCAACCCUCCCAAUUCCACAAGCAUUGAAGUCCUUGCUGUCCUCGGAUCUCUGACCUCAGCUAUGUCGGGCCUUGGGUGGCCUCUUGGGAAGGUCCUGUUAUUCCCCCAUUCUCCAGUGCCGUGUCCGCAGGUGCCCUUCCCCCGGGGCGGGGCGGGUGUGCAUGGGCACCCAGGGCCUCGCUAGCACUGCUUCUCCUUCCCCAGCAAGGCGUGUGCAGAUUGUGCUGUGGACUUGGCUCUGUCUGUUUUCCAAGUGCUUCUCAGGCUGUGGGCGACCGAGCAGGGGGUUUCUCUGAGGGCGCCUCCAUCACCGGCCGGAGAACAGAGAGGGCUGUGACCAUAGAAGUGCUCAGUGCGGACUGAUGUGGGGGCGCAGGGUGUGGGGCACGUAGAUUGCCUGAUGUAAAGGCCAAGAGACCAGAAGUCAGUCCCGUGUUAGGAGAGUCUUUAUACGCGUCGACUGCCUUUUCGCGAGGAAGGGCUCAGGAGCUGAUGGUGCUUUUUCUCGUCUCUCCCCAGCCCUUGGUGUUGAAAAUGGCCGGCGGCGUGGACGGCCCCAUCGGGAUCCCGUUCCCCGACCAUAGCAGCGACAUCCUGAGCAGCCUGAACGAGCAGCGGAACAACGGGCUGCUGUGCGACGUGGUGAUCUUGGUGGAAGGGCAGGAGUUCCCCACCCACCGCUCUGUCCUGGCGGCCUGCAGCCAGUACUUCAAGAAGCUCUUCACCUCAGGGUUAGUGGUGGACCAGCAAAAUGUAUACGAGAUAGACUUUGUGAGCGCGGAGGCCCUGGCGGCGCUGCUGGAGUUCGCUUACACCGCGACCCUUACCGUAAGCACUUCGAACGUCAACGAGAUCCUCAACGCCGCCAAGCUGCUGGAGAUCCAGGCGGUGACGGAGGUGUGCACGGAUCUCCUGGACAGGAAGAUUCUGGCCAAAAAUGACCAGAUGGAUUUAGUAGAUCAAAUUGAUCAAAGGAACCAUCUCAGAGCAAAAGAGUACCUGGAGUUCUUCCAGAGCAACCCUAUCAACGGCCACCAAGGCAACUUUCCGUGGACCAACCAAGACUUGAGAGACCUUCAGCGACUGAACUUCCCAGGCCAAGAGGAUGAGGAGGAGCCGGACUGCAAUGGCAUGGACUUCUACUCGCAAGCCCCCACAAGCGAAAGACCAAAGGCGAACGACGGGGACCCCGACAGCAACCAUGCCAUGUGGCUGGACCGAGAGGAAGAGGAGCCCGCGGGAGCCUUAUUCCCACCUUCCCAGAAUGGACAUUACAGCGGACACAGCCUGGCAGCGCAAGGCGAAGAGGAGGCAACGCCGGGGGGUCACCUGGACCAGCAGGAAGCCAGCAACUCUCCCAGCUUCGUUCCUGGGGGAGCGGAGGCCGAGGAGGCGGAGUCCCGAGAAGUGGACGGCCUGGCCGCCAGCGCCCUGCUGCAGCAGAUGAUCAGCUCGGUGGGAAGGCAGCAGCUGGGCGAGGAGGACCAGAAGGACGACGACGGGGUGAUGGAUUAUUACUUGAAAUACUUCAGCAGCUCUCACGAGGGCGACGUGUAUCCGUCCUGGUCCCAGAAGGUGGAGAAGAAGAUCAGGGCAAAAGCAUUCCAGAAGUGCCCCAUCUGUGACAAGGUGAUCCAAGGGGCCGGCAAGCUGCCCCGUCACAUCCGCACCCACACGGGCGAGAAACCCUACGAGUGCAACAUCUGCAAAGUCCGAUUCACCAGGCAGGACAAGCUGAAAGUCCACAUGCGGAAGCACACAGGUGAAAAGCCUUACCUGUGCCAGCAAUGCGGGGCUGCUUUUGCUCACAACUACGACUUGAAGAACCACAUGCGCGUGCACACUGGCUUGCGGCCUUACCAGUGCGACAGCUGUUUCAAGACUUUCGUCCGAUCCGACCACUUGCACAGGCACCUUAAAAAAGAUGGUUGCAACGGCAUCCCAUCCAGAAGGGGGCGCAAGCCCCGGGUCAGGGAGGCGAGUGGCGUGCCCGCCCCUGCAGGGAACCCCGAAGACGGAAGCGUGGAAGCCGGUGGCGAGAGACAAGAAUCACAGGAGGACACCAGGCGGAAAAAUGGCGAGGAGGAGGAGGAAGACGAGGAGCACUUUGAAGAUAGUUCUAACAAUGAAGCGUCAGGAAGAUUGAAUGUAGCGGGGGGGUCGUCAGAGGGUAACACACAAGGACUCUCCUAAACCAAAAAAAAAAAAAAAAAGUGUCACAAAAUCUAGUUAGUACUUUCCUCCAAUUUCUCUUUAAAAUAUUUCUCCCCCUUUUUAAAAGAUCUCUCUAUAUAAAUAUAUAUAUAUAUAAUGUUUCCAAUCUUCCCACCAUAAUCAAUUGUAUGCGGAUACCUCCCAAAGCUAAGGAUCUUUGGCUGGAAGGCAGAGAUUUAGGCAGUGUGAGGUUUGGGAGGGUCGAAAGGUUGAUCUCUACCAUGGAAAGAAGCAUCCAUGCAAAUCCAAAGCUUUAUGUUGUGUCCAGACACACUUUAAAAACUGUCAGAAAAGCAUCUGGUUUAAAAAAAAAAAAACCCCAACAGAAAAAUUCCAAGAGCCGAAUAAGUUCUUAGGCAGUCGCUACAUUUUGUGCCUCCAUCUGAUUGGAUGGGUAAAAACGGGUGCAACGUUCUCGCCUCCCUUGGAAAGUUGAUUCUGUCCUAGGGAGGUCACUUCCUGGCUGGCCUGGUGCUGAGCAAAGCUGGCUUCGCGGUGGCGAAAUCACCUGGGAGCCAGCCCCGGGGCACGAUCUUUAUAAUGACGACGAGGUGGGGAAAACCGAUGCUAUUUUACGUGUUUGUUUUUAGGGCUGUGUGGGUAGGGAAACAGGAUUUUUCCCGGCUGCUCUGGGCGGCGGGCUGGAAAGGCCUAGAAGCCGGAUGAAACGUGGCUUUCCUCGGCGGGUUGAGCCGAGCACGUUGUGCCCGAUUGCGGGGCCGGGCUCCUGCGCUGAGGCCCGGCUCUGCUGCAGAAUGGCUGGGUGACGGGGCCCAGUCGUGUUCCCGCUCCAGGGCUCGGCUUCCUCAGCUGUAAUAUGAGGCUGGUGCACUUUUGUGCAAGGUGUGGGAAGUGCUCUGAGCUCUGGGGUGGGGGGGCAUGCUCUUUCCAUGCCGGCAAACUGGGCCAGGUAGGGGUGACUGGGUGAGGCUCGCUCAGGCCGAGAUGGCGCACCUCUCUGCUCUGUGCGGACCACGUGGUGGCCCUGGUCCUGAGGAUGUUAGCAGAGCCCUCGGCCAAAAUGCCCCUUCACCCACGCACUGGGCAGCGUGUUGUCCGCCCAGCAGAGGUGGCUGCAUUUCCAGGAAAGCUGGCUGGAGCAUGUGGCUUCACCGGCCCCGAUUUAUCAGCUGCCCUGUAGCUCCCAAACUCCUCUCCCUAGUACUUUGAGUCAGGCAGGAAUCUGAGCGAUUCCAGGCAACCGUUGAUCCAGGAAGGGGCUAGUUCUGCAUUUUCAUGGCGUAUCGCUAAGGGGGCUGUGCUAGGCAAGCUGUACCCAACGGGAGCGGAGCAGAAAGAUUUUGCUAGGUCAGCUGAUUGCAUCCGACAUCCUAACCUGCAAGAUGCAGCACUUAUUCAGUCCUCCCUGUUUGGUCAGAGUCUCCAAUACCCCCUGCUCCUGUCCAACUGGUACCUUGGGGAUGCGGCAGGAUUGUUCUCUAUGUUUGGGGUGCAGGGAGUUCAUGAUCAGUAACUGGGAGUCUUAGCACCUGGAUUAGCACCUUUCAUCCCCAGGUCUCAAAGCACUUGCUUGAUUAGAUGGUUCUAUUAAAGGAAUCUCUUGGAGCAGAGUAGAAAUCGGAUGGGAGCACCCUAAAAACAGCUAAAACAAAUGGGGGGGGGAUGGGUUGUUUCAGGCCUCCCGUAAAGAUUCAGGGAGCUUUUCUGGAGAUGGAAACUCUUGGGGUAGAAAUCAAAGCAUGGCGGGGCUGCUUCUGCUUUGGAGUUGGCCUUUGGAAUUUCUCUUGCGGGGGACAUCAAACGCACCCGCUUCUAGGAUCCGUCAGAUGGGCACUGAUGUAUCAGCUGCCUUGCAGAGGCAAAGCCUGAUCGGGUUGUGUGAGUCGGGGGCGCUGAAAGACUGGCCCGGGGGUGCGUUAGAUCCACGGUGACGAAAGCGUGACGGGGUGGAGCGGACGGGCGCUGGGGCUGACCGCACUGCCAGUCCUCCCAUCCUUUCUUUGCUGUGCUUGCUAGUUGAAUGCCCUCCGCUUCACCCUGCGCCCAAUUUCAGUACCCGGAAAGGUGCGGGCGCAACCUUCGUGUGAGACGGUCAGGCUCGCAGGCUAACCUGGCACAGAAUGAGCCGCUGACGCCUUGAAACCAGGUGGAUCAGGGACUGAUUCUCGGUUGCACCGAGGCCUUGGCUAGCAGAAAAAGACCCUGAAAGUGGCUGGUAAAUUCUGGUGCCCAAGAGGCAUAGGCCUUCGGUCUGGUGCCCGCACGGGGUUUGCACCGGUAUCACUGUUUUGGGCAGGGGGCUGUGACGUUUGAAACCGUUAUAUCGAUGCUGUGUCUGCUUCAGCUGUAACUAGGAUAAACAUGUGAGCAGGGAAACAUGCAAUACUGGUAUUUGCACCUUUCUGCCAGUAUACCUGCACCCCCACUAGAGGAAGUGUACCCCUGGAACUCUUCCAGGUUCGCUAAAAGAGGUUUAGAACUCCAGGAGGAAGUCUUAAUGCUGCAGAUUGUUGGUUUUUGCUAGCCAGUCCCAGCCCUGUGAUCUGAAACAUCUUACCUGGGUCAGUCUCAGUGAAUUCCUCGUCCCCAGCUAUGUAGACAGUCCUGCAUAUGGCUAUAAAAUAAAUAUUGGUAUCUGCUACAUAGCUCCUCCAACUUAGAAGAGUCUAGAAAGGGCACCUUUCAGCCAGUCUCCUGUUUUUUAAAUGCACAGUUCAAAAUGAAAAGAGAUUUUAGUCCUUUUAUUUUGAAAGCACUUUUUAGAUUUUUUUUUUUUUUAAUUUUAAAGUGAGAGCAGGUUUGGCCGAAUGUAAACUGGAGCUGGAGUGAGAGGGGAGUGUAUGGAAUUGGGGGGGUGGGGAUAUAUGGGGCGGGGAUAGAAAAGAGAUGGAUGUUUAUUUAAUGCAGAAAAAGCAAUAAAAAUAUAAAAAAAAUUAUUAUAAAAAACCACAAAAAAACCACAAAGAAGUCUUAGCACUUUGCGAUGGAACGGGUACUUUGAGAUCACUUUAUCUUAAUUUAAAAAAGCAAAAGAGAAACAUGUUUACAAGUUAAAAAAAAACCAACUUCUACAGAAAGAAAUUAUUAUUAUUAAGAAAAUUCCUAAAUUUAUUUUUGUAAGAAAAAAAGUGUAUAUAUAUAUAUAUAUUAAAAAAAACCACCCCGACCUAGGCAGAAUCCAACAUCUAUUUCAUGGAAUAAUAAAACAAAAAGAUACCGAAUGAGAGGAAGGUUGCUAAUUAGGUUCUGUGACAUGGCCUGAAAACAAACCCCUCAGAAGUGAUUUUACUUCACAAAAUGGAAGCUUGAAUAUUAGACAGGAAUCAUGGGUGUUUUUGUUUUUGUAUUUUUUCCUUCUAUUUUCCUUUUUUUUUUUUUAUUUGUUUGUUUGUUUCUUAAAUGUCUUAUAGCCAGUGCUAGCCCAGACGUCUCUCCCACCUUACCCCAUGUGUCCCUGCCCCCUUCUCCCCUCCCGGGAGCAUCUUAGCUUGUGUAGCAAGGAGGAAAGAAAGCAUCUGAGCUGCUAGGUGAUAUCGUUUUGUCAGGGGAAAAGCACCGUGAGACGGGGGCAGCUUCUCCACGCUCCCUCGUUAAUUUCUUCUCCAAGGGUUACUCAGCCAGGCUCGGAAAAGCGACUGAAAGCAAAAAGCAAACUCCAUCUUCAACGUGAACCCGGCGGUUCCCGGCUCUGCCGUCUGCCACCCCACUGCACAGCGCUAGACGUAGUUCGAGGUAGAGACUCGUGGCUUGCUGAUCCUGCUCCCCCCUCACCCUCUGCCAUGAGUCCAGUGCCUAGUCCGGAAUCAGGCGCUGCAGAGGGGUGGAGAAGAAAACCCACCGUACAAAUUAAAUUCAGAGAAAGUGUGAAAAAUAAUUCCCCCCCCCCCUUGCUGCUUUUUCGUUUUCAAAGGCGAAGAGACCAAAAAGGGGAAACACCUUGGCCCUCCUGAAUCAGAGUUUCCCACAGGGCGUUUGCCCAGCUGUAAGCAAGCCAGAGCCGAAAUGCAGGCUUGCUCCAGGAGCAAAGGAAAACUUGGUGCUGGGGCCUUUGCUUUCCGGCUCUAGUUCCCGCGUGCGGCGGGCGAGGCCGGGGCUCAGAUGAGCAGUGCGGAGGAGCGAAACCGUUGGGAGAAAGUGCCCCGCCCACCAGGAGCUGGAACUGACCACCCAGGAGGUCUCUUCACCUUUGACUCCUCCGAACCCGCGGCAGUUGAGGUGUAUUUUACGAAGCAGGCGCCUGCCUAUGAAAACUGCAGCGACGAUGCACAGCCAAAGCAGGGACUGUAGCAGUCCCAUGCUGCAGCCCACUGGGGCGGGGCUGAAAGUAACUUGCUGCCCCAAAUCCAAUCCCAGCUUCUCCGUAGCGUCAGGUGCUGGGUGGGCAACAGGGCAGAUGGUGCGUCCUUCCUCCGUGCUGUAAAACGCAUUGAUCUUGGCCUCCACCUUCCCAUCCCAAAGAGAGCAGGGUCGGGUAGCCCAUGACCUGGGCACUAGCUGGAUGUGGCAAACCACCUUUCCCAGGGAUGAACCUUGGCUUAGCACUGGCUACCUAUUGCAUAUGCAAAAACUAGUGUGGACUUGUAAAUAGACAGUUACUUGAGGUUCUUUAUUGUAAUCAAAAGUUGUGGUAUCUCUCUUCUCGUUUGUGUUCCCCCUUUUCUGCCCCUGCCACCUUUUAUGGCUUGUGUGUCUCUCCAAACCUCCUUCUGCCAUUGGGGGGGAGGGAAAAGAACCCCCCCCCCCCAAAACGGACAGCAAAAAAAAAAAAAAAA